AUUUUAUCAACAAUAGUUUUUUGUUUUUGUUGCUCGAGUUCGGACCAGGGCGCGCACAUUUUUUUCCGAGCCAAAAACGCGACACGACUAAGUUGAGGAGGAAAACACGGUCCAUCGGCGCUAAAUUCCAAGUUAAUUAGUUUCAAUUAGGCAAAGGAAAAGGAUUACAACAGCAACAAACCACAACAACAACAACAACAACAAGUUUCCAGUGAUCGAAAUGGAAAAAAGCAAGCAGCAACUGUGAGCAGUGAUCGCGUGUGUGUAUGAGUGUAUGUGUGUGCGAUUGUGCUGGAAUGGAAUGCAGUUACGAAAAAAAUAAAUAAUUGAGAGCGCCGCUCGCUCGCUCUCUCUCUGUCUCUUACACGCGCGCGGUUCGCUCGUUUGUGUGUGUGUGUCUCCAUUAUCGGCGGAGUGAAAGAAAUGGAAUGAAAUAAAAAGAAAUGUCUUUGCUAAUGUAAACAGCGCAAAGAGAAACCCCCCGAAAAAACGGCAGAGGCAGAAAAAAAGAAAAGGCGAGCGUUGUCGGGUGAAAAAGAAAUAAAAUCGAGGUUUUCUCAGACUCCACUCAAAGCAAACCGGGAGAAAAUACUACGAAAAUGCCGAAUCUACAACAGACAGCGUCGCAAUCGCAGCAUCACCUGCAUCCCCAUCACCUGAGGCCCCAGCAGCACCAUCCACAGCACCACCAGCAACACCAACACCAUCAUCAGCAGCACCACAGCGACUUUCCGCUGCCCGAUGGCUGGGAUAUAGCCAAGGAUUUCGACGGCAAGACCUACUAUAUAGAUCACAUCAACAAAAAGACCACCUGGCUGGAUCCCAGAGAUUGCUACACAAAGCCACAGACCUUUGAGGAUUGUGUGGGCGAUGAGCUGCCCAUGGGUUGGGAGGAGUCCUACGAUCCCAAUAUCGGUCCCUACUAUAUCAAUCAUCUGGCACAGAGCACCCAGCUGGAGGAUCCACGCCAGGAGUGGAAAAGUGUCCAGGAGCAAAUGCUAAGUGAUUAUCUAUCAGCGGCACAGGAUCAGUUGGAGAACAAGCGGGAGAUGUUUGAUGUUAAACAGCAGAGACUUCUCUGGGCCCAGGAGGAGUACAAUCAUCUGAAACAGGCAGCCAGUCGAAGCAGUUUAUGCUCUUCCUCCAGCUCCAUGAGCCGACACGAUCCAGAGCUGCUGAGAGCCGACCUCAUGCUGGCCAGAGAACGUGUCCACCAGCUAAAGCAGGAGCUAACCCACAUUACCAAUGAUAUUUCCUACACGGAACGCGGCAUGAAUACCCUGUAUUCCGUGGGCGAGAAGAUCAAUGCCCGGCAAAACGGAUGCUAUGACAUUGCCGAAGUCCAGGCGAUACGCGAGGAAAUGCUCAAGGUGCACAAGUCGCUGGUGUCCGGCGAGAAGGUGCGCGAGGAGCUCAUGCGCAGCCUAGUGCAGAUCAAGAACGAGCUGAGUCGCCAGCAGAUCAGCGAGGAGAACUCGGACCUUGCCUCGCCCUUCGACCGGGUGUGCGUGGCCAGCCAGACGGAUCUGUGCGGAUCCGUGUCGGGCGACAAGCUCAACGGAGGAGCCCGCUUUGCAGAGAUGGCCAAGACUAAGCUGCAGUAUGCCGAGUGGCGUAAGCACAUCAAGAAGCUGCAGCAGCAGCUGGCCGACCAUGUGGAGCGCAUUGAGCCUGGUCAGCUGGAGUCUGACAAGGAUCGCAUUCUGUUGAUCCAGGAGAAAGAGAAGCUGCUGAACGACCUGAACAGCAUUUCGGUGAAGUCGCGCAGCGAGGAGGAGAAGCGGGUGAUUCAGCAGACCCGUCACAAACUGGAGGAGGACCUCAAAGAGGCUUACGAGGCCAACAACACAUGUGUGGCCAAUAGGUUGCGCUUCCACGAGGAGAAGCAGCUGCUGCUGGACAAGCUGCAGGAGGCCCUCAAGUCUACCAAGCUGCUGGAGGAGCGACUCAAGUCCUUCUCCUCGGAGAGCACCUUCUCCAUUAGCAGUGGCAGUAGCCUUGGCUCCCUGUCCACUGCCAGCAGUAAGAGUGCUCUGAGCUUCACCGACAUCUACAUAGAUCCCUUCGCGGUGGAUUCACCCAUCGAUGUGGUGGAUCUGAGGCGACGCUCGCAGCGAUUGUUCCAACAGCGACUGCAUCCUGUUCUGCAGCAACAGCAGUCCUCGGAGGUCUCGCUUUCGCCGCGCAGCAGCCUGUCCAUGGAAACGCCGCCCGCCUCGCCGAUGAAGUAUAAUCCGGGAGCGGAUAAUCAAACGCCGCAGACCCUGAAGGAGGAGCCAACCUAUGCCAAUGCUCUGCCCGCCCCGCCCGCCUACACAGCCCCGCCGCCAGUCCGAGCCCGUCCCUACGACCUCGACUCCACGGUCCUCGAUUGCAUGAUGCUGGAGGCAAAGCUACAGAAAUUGAAUUUGGGUGCAACGCCCCUAACUCUGGCCGCUUCGGCUCCACUCUCACCAAUUUCGGAGAAGCCCUCGCUGCUGGAUCUGCCGCAGGAGAUGCUCAGCCGAUCGUCCUCCACAUCCAAUACGAGAUCCGUUUCGGCGGCUGUUAGCAAUGAGUCGGUGGCCGGCGAUUCCGGUGUCUUUGAGGCGUCGCGUGCCCAUCUGCCGCGCAAGGAGCUGGCCCAAGUCCAAAUUGGACUCAAGUAUCUGAAGCAGGAGGGUGUGUUGGUGGUGUCCCUGGAAAGGGCCAACAAUUUGUUGGCUCUGUGGACAGCCUCGUCGGACAACUCGCAGGUAUAUCUGCGUGCCGCUUUGCUGCCGAAUUCACUCACCUCCAUUCGGACCAAGGCCCUGGGAGAUUUCCAGAAGCCUGUCUUCAAUGACACCUUUGCAGUGCCCAUAACGCUGGACAAGCUGCUGACCAAGAGCCUGCAGGUCACAGUGGUCACCAUGACGGGGCAGAAGGAGGAGAUUAUUGGCACUGUUCAGAUCAGCAUGGCCGAGUUUAAUCCGGAGGAUUCCACCCUGAAGUGGUACAACGUUCUAAGCUCCAAGUUCAUUCCCAGCUUUGAGUCCUUGGACAUUCCCUCCACCAGUGCCGCAGCAGCGGCAGCCGCUGUUGCUGCCGCCAGUUCCAAUUCCAUCACGAGUGUUGUCAUUCGGGAGGAGUCUUCGGAUGAGUCCACCAUCACCUCCUCGCAGACUUCCACCCUGACACGCAAUCAGGCGCCGCCCAUGGAGCUGCAGGAGCAAAUUGCCGAAGAACAGCCGGAACAGGGACGUUCCAAUGAGCAGCAGUGCAGCGACGACGACGACGAUGAUGAUGACGAUGAAGAGGAGGAAGAGGACAAUGACAAGCAGCUAAUCAGCGAUGUUUGCGUUGGCCUACUGAACUCCAACUGCAUGCUAGAUGCGUAUCUGCAGAACAUGAAGCAGGAGUUUGCCGACAAGGAAACAAACACAGACUGCGCCUUCCUCCCAGAGAAAUCUCGUGGUCAGUCGCAGCUAAUGGACGACAGGCCCGUGAAAAGAUCACAGACAUUUACGCCCUCGGCGGCCGUUAGCAAGAAUCGUUACAAUUGCCGCCUAAAUCGCAGCGACUCCGACUCAGCCAUGCAUUGCGGAGUGGCUCCACAUACCUUCCAGCGCGGCGCCGCAGAGCGACGAUCCCUGCGCUUCCAUACCAAGGCACCCAAGUCUGUCACAAAACUACAUACUCACAUACCCCGCACCAGUUUGGACUUGGAGCUUGAUCUGCAGGCGCAGCACAGCAAGCUCUACUUCCUCAACGAUCAAAUUGCCAAGCUGCAGAACCUCAAAGAAGUUUUGCAGAAGGCCUGCGAGAACAAGGAUCCAUUGAUUGCCGCCUGGGCCAUUGAGAAUGAGGAGUUCCAACGCCUGGUGGCCCGCGCUGAUCCCGCCAAGUGUCCCGAGGAGCGCCAGCUUCAGAAGCUGCUGAUGAAGACCGCCAAAGAGAUUCACAAGCUGCGCAAAACCAAGGUGCCCAAGGGCUGUCCCGAUCUAGUGUCGUUCAAGGAGAAGAUCACCUUUUUCACACGCAAGGGUCUGUCGGUGCCGGAGCUGCCCAUUGAGUUCACCCUGCCGGAGGCCAAUCCCAUCGAAGAAGAAGAGGAGGAGGAGGACGAAGAUGAGUUCUACAAUUCUGCUGAGACGGCAAUAGCCAUCAAUACGGCUUUGGUGGCCAGCAGCAACAGGAACAAGAAUCUCAGUGAGCACCAUCACCAUAGAGCGGUGACCGGUGCAGUGCCCAAAAUACCAAUUGCAGCUUCUGCUGUUAGUCCAGCUGAUGUAGCAGCUGCCUCUCCUGCUGUUACACCUUCUGCUACACCUGCUGCCUCUUCUGCUCCUGCUGUGGCCAAUCCUGGACCAGCUCCAGUUCCAUCCACUGAUGGCGACGCCACGCCAGAACAACAGCGCUACGACUACAUUGUCGAUCGCAACUAUGGCGUGGAGGUGUAGCCCCCUAAAUACCACCACCAUCGCAACAUCUCCUCCCCACCAUAUUCGCUGUACAUUUUUUGUAAUUAAUUCUAGUAUUUAUUUUCAUUAAGCGAGAAAAAGUAUUUAUGUGUAAAAAGAAAAGAAAGCAACAACUGAUGUAACAAAUAUUCUGUGCCUUAUAGAGUGAACGUGUGUGUGUGAGAAAGAGCGACGCAAGAGAAAGAACCAUAUGCUAGAAAUGUUAGAUAUAAAUAUAAAUCUACAUAGAUCUAAGCUCCUAUUUUAUAACUAGAAUUACCCCAUAGUCAGUUGUACAAAUUGACCCCCACUGAUGACCAUUUAGAAAAGCCAAUAAGCUUACUAAGCAACCAACCCGCCACUACCCCCCGGAAUCCAUUCACAAAAUGUAACCAUAACGCGCACAUUGUGCGUUUAAUGCCUACUCCUCCGCCGAAAUUCAUAUUGAAAGCCCAACUGUACUUUUAAGACUUGAGUGAAAAUAUAUACGAAUGUUUAUAUGAAUAUUUUUUGAUACGCUAUCCUAGCAGUAGUUAUACCGAUUAUAAUAUGCCCCUGAAACAUGAAUGGAACGUGAAAUAUUUAUUGUAUUGACGGAAUCGAAACCGAUCGCCUAAGUUAGUGUUUAGCUUGCGUUUUUGUUAAGCUCUCAACAAACAAAAUUAAAAUUUUUUUUAUAAAAAAAAAAUCCUAUGCUAACGAAAAACUGAAAAAAAAAAUCAUAAGAAAAUACACACACAAAAAAAUAUAUAUAUUGAAUGUACCAUAUUAGAUAAUCGUCACUAUAUAUUAGCUAUAAGAGCCUCCCCCUUCUAACUCCCGAAACAAAAGAAGGAAAAUAUUAAAUGAAACCUUGUUAUGUGCUUCCUCUUCAAGCAAACCUGUUAAAACUGUUGUGUUUUAUACGAAAUGAAACGAAAUUAGCCACGGAUCUAGUUUAGUUGCGGUUUCAAGGGCUCUGUGCCGCCCCAACCUUGCUGUUGUUUAUGUUUUCUUCACUAACCCACGCGAAGCCCCCCCCCCAGGACCCUUCCCACCCGCAGAUUUAGUGCGUAGUAAAUAUAAACUGAAUGAGAGUCCCCUUCACCCUCUUAAAUAUUUUUUGCUAUACUUUAGUAACUUUAGUUUUAAUAAAUUAUAUGAAAGUGAACACAUGUAUAUUGUAAUUGUGCAAUAAACAAACAAAAAAAGAUACUGACAUAACUGAA